AUGCACCUAUGCAAAGCUAAGUUAACCAAUGAAGAGAAUUUUUCCAACCUUGUAAGAACUGGGGAGGAGGUCAAACUUCUCGACGGUGUUAAUACACGAGUGAACCAAACUGCUGACCGCGAUGGCAAUUCCAAAAAAGGGUUGCUCUUGGACAUUUUAAAUGCCUCACUCAUUGUGGCACGGCUACACAGCAGGAUGAAGAACGCCAAGAUGGGUCUCCUUCGCCCGAGGGAAAGAGUAAUCGUGAACGCCAUCCGGCGGGAGAGCCGGAUAAAGUACAAGGCAAAGCGCAUGCACAAGCGCUUUCGGUCGUGGGCGCAACAGAGAGUCAGGGAGUACUGGUUGCCUAUGAAUGUAUGCCUAACAAGUCAACCCGAUUUGAUGGACGGAAACUACAUAUCCGCGUGUGUGCAGAAAGCAGCAACGUUAAGAAAGCAUGAUUACGAAUUGUGGAAAGGAUACACAGAGAGAAUCUUAACAAUACGUGAGACAUUAACACCACAGCAAAUUGGCUAUAUAUUUUAUGGAAUGGGAAAAAGUCGAUUUUUAGACCCCCCUUUUUACGAACAAAUGUUAACAUGUGUGCAAAAAAAAUUAAGCUCUUUUUACAGCCACCCAUUAAUGUGCAUUGCAUGGUCAUUAAAUAGAGUCCUAAUCAGAGAAGAAGAAUUUUUCACUCAUUUCUGCAAAGCAGUUGUGGAAAAAGUUGACGAUAUGAGAGUAAAAGAUUUAGUAAAAAUAAACAACGCAAUUGCAAAGUUAGGCAUUGAGAAUAAAAGUUAUAAACGAUUUAUAAACAGCCAUAUGAUAAACAAACUGGAAACAAUUUUUGCUCAAGAUUUUCGUAACGUAAUUAAUGAUGUUACUCUGGUUAAUCUUUACGACGAUGAAGUUAAAAAAUACAUUUUAAUCCGAUUUAGCAAUAUGUUCAUUUGUGCCAGACCACAGCAUUAUAAAAAUGCUUACAAGUCGGCAGUAGCCGUGAGGGUGUUAUUUCCCCAUGUAUGGAGUUCCCUUUCCAAUAAGGUAAAAAGCUUUUAUGUCCGACUUAGUAUGAGAAGGAUCCCAGAGAGUAGAAGAAAGCCAUCCGAAUUCCAAUGGGAAGUUUCUGAUUGUCUAGCCAAAUUAGGCGUGAGCCAUAGGAACACCUUUCUUUGGGGAUGUUACUAUAUAGACAUUGGUGAGAUGAAUGAAAAACGAAACUGCUGGUUUGUGGAUGGACCUGCCUGCUUUUAUACCUCCACAAAUCAGUACAUAGAAAGUGUAAAGCUGCAACAUAGGAUUCUUUACGACUUGGGAUGGAACAUCAGGAGAAUUGUCUGGCUCGAUUGGUUGGAGCUUGGCGAUAACUUGGAUGAGAAAGUGAAGUAUGUAAAGGCCCAGAGGGAGAAAGACCCCUUCGGGAAAACCCUAACCCACAUGCCACCCAUCUCGGCAGACGAAAUUAAAAAUAAGCUCAACCAAUUGAAGGCGUAUAAAAUUCGGAAGGCGCAGCAGAAGGUGGACAGCCAGGAAAGGAUACGCCUCACGCUGUGA